UUCGAGAGGGAGAGCGGACUCACCCCACUCUCGGCCGUACCAUGGCAUUCGGGGGCAUGGAUGCAAAUUCUUCAUUGCGAACUAUUCGUAUCCAUGUCACUCUAAAUCUCCAACUAUUGUUUACAAUAAUCAAUUAGUUUUCUUCUAACUUACUCUUAUACUAGAAUAUCCUCCAUCGAGAACAAAAUACUAUCAAAGAUUUACUCACUUAGAGCUAAAUACUUAUGCAAAGUGAGCUUUUUGAAAACUCUAUCGUAUAUUCAAUUUUAUUUCAAGAUAAAAACAAUUGCAUUUCUAGGUUAUCAUUUACAAGGCCAGAAAAUAAAAUACUUUUAUCCUCAAAUAUCAAUUUUAUUGUCAUUUAAUCAUAUGACGUAAAACAGAAACUUAAUAAUUUUUCAUCACUAACAGGUCACUUCAUUUAAUAAAUUUUAAAAGUUCACAAUCAAAAUUAUCUAGUGAUUACAACAUAAAACUGUCAUGUGUUAGUUAUUUAUCUACGUGCUAUAAGUUUUGAUUAUUGAACAACUACGUAUGUAUGUACCACUUGACUUCUAAAAUAUUGUUAAAUUUCAUAUUACCAUAAAGUAAUAUUGUCUAAAAAGUGAUUUGAUUAAUAGUCUAUAAGUGUGUAUGGGAAGUGAUAUCUUUGAAAAUUUUGAUAAAAAUAAUUUCUCUUUUAAUGACAUGUUAUGUUCCUUAAACACUAUAGUCGAUGCUUUUUUAUGAUUUUAUUAAAACUCCCUUUGUAAAAGACUACAUUAGAGUAGACUAAAGAAUGACCGCUGUGCAAACCAUAUAGGUAAUAAAAACACUUCCUCUCAUAAUUUAAUUUACAAACUGAUUUGUUGAUUUAUUAAAGUUGUUUACAUAGAUCAAUGCAACAUUCUCUAUUCAGUUACUUUUUAAUUUUGUUUAGUUUGUGUUUAUAUCGUUCUAUAGUUAUGCUAUUCCGAAUAAAUUCUGGGAAUUAAUGGAACCAUAUUGUGCUGAAAUAACGGAGGCGAAUGUCAGUUACUUAGAAAGCCUUAUCCGAUCAUAUCAGCAUUUGGAAUCAAUUUACUUUCAUUUGCCUGUACUCAAACAAAGUGAAUCGUGUAAAAAUGAAACCAGCGAAGCACCAGCUUGCAAAAGACUUAGACGUGGUUCUUCUCAAAUUUUUCAACAGGCCACUACAGACGAAUCAUUGUGUUCAUUGAAUAACUGUAAUUCGUCCAUGUCCUCAACUCAAUUGCUCAAUGUAACCAAAUACUUGGAAACAGAGCUCAAAAAACCAGUCCCUGAAUCUUCUAUGUUAAGUAAAAUAUCUCAAUCCCUUUUGGAAUCUUGUUAUCAAGACGAUAUACUGUCAAAUUUUAGUGGAAAAUUAAAUUUCACAACAAAUCAAGUAAAAGAUAAUGAAGUUGAAGAUAAUCAAUCAGGAUGUACUGAUCCUAGUAGUUCCGAUUAUGGAACUAUAUCAUCUGAAGCUCUCCAUGUCAACAGAUACAACAAUAACACCAAUUCGUCAAACACAUUGAUAAAUUCACAAGUGACGAAUUAUCCGUCAUCAGGAUCUACGAUAACAAAUCACAAUUUCUUAAUCGAUCCACACUUGCUUACUUCACGCGCUAGUGAACCACUUAAAAGUAUAGCUAAACAAUUACGUGUCAGUUCAUCAUAUCGAGUAGAAAAAAAGAUUGCACAGGCGAUUGAUGAACUGGGCUUGUUUCCCCUUAGUGUUUUACAUCCAAAAGUUUCACCUUUGGUUGAAUCUAAAGAAGAUUGCAAUCCUCACAAUAUAUCUUCCGGCGCAGUAUGUCAUGAUACUGUUUCUCAUUCAACAAAGUUAAUUAUCCGAAAAAAUAAAAUUACUUCAUCAAAUUCAGUGAAAUCAAGUCCAUUGAAACAUUCAGAUGAAGUUCAAGAUACUCUUGAGAAAAAUCAUGUUUUAAAAAAACGUCGAGUGAAUAAUGACAAAUCAUUAUCUCCUUUACCUGAACAUCACAAAAAUACAUCAUGUGAACCAAAUCCAACAGAUAGUGAACAUUCCACAGAAUUAUCAUUGUUACCUGUGAAAAUGGAAAAUAUCAAUCCGAUUAUCGAUAACAAUAAUGAUAAUAAUAAUAAUGGCCGAAUUAAAUCUACAUGUUAUUUUAAAAAAUUAAAACGAAAGAAUUUAAAAAUGUCAAAAUCGUUAUGUUAUAAAAAUAAAUUACGAAACACUGUGAAUAGCAAUAGUACAUAUAAUGAAAUUCUGUACAAUGGAAUAACUCCUAGUUUGGAUGAUUCAAUUGAAUCAAACAAAUCGGAUUGCAUUCAUAACUCUCAUCCUGAUCCAAAUCUUCCUACCAUCGACACUGAAUAUUUAAGUGACCUAGAUAAUCCUCCAGGAAAACACGAUCCACAUAUUAAUGUCAGUCCACGCAGUCGUAAUGGUUUCACUACUCAACUGUCGACGGAAAAUGAAAAGCGACCAAUUGAUCCAACAAGUCCUAAACAAAUCCACCAUUCUCUAAGGCAUAAUCAUUUUUUACCGAACAAUUUAUCUGGAUCUCAUUGUAAUACGGACAGUAAUCCUCUAUAUGGGUCGUUAGAAAAUCAUGAACCAGUUCUCGUAAAUGGUGAUUUAUCACUAUCUGAAUUUCACAGUGAAAAAUUGACGGAAAAUGAUAGAUUAGGUGAUAAACCGAAUUCGAAUUGUAAUACUUUUGAGGGGGAUUGUGAAACAGCUCAGGUAUUAGAUUCCAACUUACACAGUUCCUUGAACCAAAAUAAUGAACAAUUUACCUCUCCACUUCAAAAUGGUCAACUCAAAUUCAAAAUAGAUUCCAACUGGACAGAAAGGACAAAUAAAACAAAUGAUUUAACAGGGAAAUGUAGUCAUGAAGCUUCUCCUAUAAUCCAGCAUAACGAUUCAAAGUCACCGGACUGUGGUAUCAAGACAGUGAUUCAAAAUCAUAUGUUCUUUAGUCAAGAUACUCCAUCAACAGCAACUACACAGUAUGGAUCUGGUGCUGUUGAUGAUAUUGGCUGGGCUAUUGUUCAACGUCAACGGGAGUUGAGAUUGUUAUGCACGGCAAACCAUCGAAUGCUUCGACGACUCGUACAGGCAGCUAGAAGAGAUAUGCAACGCCAAGAAAUACAAAGGCGUCUAGCGAUCGCAGACGCUGAUGUAAGUUCAAAGCUGUUAGUUUUUUUAUAGUAAGUUUUGGUCAUAACUUUGUUUUAGAUCACAUGAUCCCGGUGCUCACUUGACUAGUUGAUUUGCCCAAGAAGAUAUCAAGUCAAUGAAUCGAAUUUAUUCGAUAAAGUGUACAAGACUAAUGAAAUUGUGUACACCUUCAUGUAUACGAUUACAUUGGUUUCAUUUACAAGUUUCAACAAAACAAAUAACGACAAUAUUUAUAAAGUUUUCAUAUUACACCGUCUUUUCGACCCGAAAUCAUGACAGAAGAAUAUUAUGAUCCACUGCUGAAACUGCAAAAUGACGACACUAAGUAUUAUCGUUCUUUCCGUGUUUAAAAUUUUGUGUAUAUAUUUUGUUCAUACAACGGACGAUCUAUCAAAAGUUACUAUAAUAACAAUUAAGUCAGAAAAAGCCACAAAACACUCUGGUACGCUCGAGGGUGGAAAGAGCCCUCUCGUCCUAUCCAAAUUUUCUCUUAUGGUCAUGAGUAUGUAGUCUCUCCCAUGGAAGUCCUACUUACUCCUCGUGGCGUGAGUGUUUACGAAAUUAAGAGGACGAAAAGCUAAUGUCCGGCGCUUGAGCCAGGUUGGUAGGUACGGAGGAUCCGCCUAUGAAAGUCGGAAAUUCUUGAAUCCAAACCAUUGGUCCACUGGGCUUCUGGAUCUUGAGGAACAAAUGGUGUAUGAGCCUAUUUUUCGAGAUAUCAUCUCUAAUGUCGCCCCACCGUAUAUGAGUGUAGCCCACUAAAAUUUCAUCUGUUUCGGUCCGGGCGCCCGGGCACUAUCCCAACGCCCAUAAAUUUAAUGAUAAAUUAUUUGUGUGGCACAUAUAUAUUUCGGUGCCUUUUUGAACCAAUGUUUGUAUGUUUAGAUAAAUAAAGUCGGACGAAAACGAUAUCUCCUCUUCCAAAUUAGCUUUACAUCGAUUUCCUUUAAAUAACACCUUAUUUUCUCUUGGUAACUUUCCCUACCUCAUUUCAACUUGGUGAAACAUAGUUAUAUGUUAAUAAAUAGACGAAAUAAGCUUUGUGUUUUUUUAAUAUCAUUUUUUUAACAUUAUGUUGAAUACAAAUGAUUCUUUUCAUUAAUGUAAUUGAUAUAACGGAUAGUUUAAAAUAUUUAUCUCUCGCUCGAGUAUACUGCGAUAAUACGUUUAUAUGAUAAUAAGAUAUGUCACGUUAUAUCAGAUUUAGUAUUCACGACCUAGAAUAGAGAACCAGAGUAUAGACUAAACAAUAUUCUGUUCAGCACAAUUGCAGGCAAUCACUGUCAGUGAGUCCGGAGUAGAAGUCAAUAACAGGAAGGAAGAUUACGUAUUUAGUGGUCAGUAGGCUGUGUCUGUUUCUUCACACUUAGUGGAAAAUCAUAUUUCAUUUUUACUACCACAUAUCAGUAAUCCAAUAAACGAGUAAAUACUGUUUGUAAAUGACAUGGUUAAUACUUAAAAAAUAUUUUAACGAAUAAGUGGAAUAAUCCAUUUAGACACCAUAUCUCAACAUCUCUAUUAAAAGAUACACAGUUUUCAUGCUUGAGACUGCAUAAUCUAAUAGAUUAUUUUUAAAUUCCAGUGGUAGUGAGGAUACGCACAUACAUUUACACAUCUCUCUCUCUCUCUCUUCCUUUUAUUUGAAGUGGUCGAGAAGCUUUGUAGCCCAGGUGGAUGAUUUAGGUGUAGUUUUGUUUACUGAGUUCAAAGAAGUACUUGUACAAUUUGUAAUAUUACUAAUAAAUUUGUAAAUAAAAUAUUUCUUUUGUUUUUAAUUAUUCAGGUUAUUGAAGCUUAUAAUAAACUAGAAAGUUAUCGUCCACAUCGUAAACCUCCAUUGAAACGUGAUCGUGAUAUAUCAUGGAAAGCAUUGAAAGAACGUCGUAAAAUACUCAAAGAAUUAGAAGCUUUUGAUGCUAAAUCUCCUUAAAAUUGUGAUGAUCAAAUUAAUUCAACCUAUAAUAGUUUAAAUCCACUUUGUACAUAAUUUAAACUCUAUGUUCAUUCUUUAUUGUUUCUUAAAAAUAGAAAUAUUAUUAAUUGUAAUAUAUUUUAUUGCUUAUCCUAUCAUAUAGUAAUUGGGAAAAUGUGUUUUUUUCCGUUUAAUGUUAUGUAGAAUCUCACAUCAAUAUUAAUAAAUAGUUUUGUAUACUUUAAAACAAUCUGUUUUCUGUUCUUGUUUAUUUUCUGCUUGGUUUUCACUUUUUCCAAUCAAUGCUUUAUAUAUUUUUUUCAUUGGUUUUUUGUAUUCUUUAUGUAUGUAUGUAUGGAUGUAUCUAUUUUUUUUACUCUUAUGUAAGUUUUUUUGUUCUUCUUGUUGUACAUAAAUUUAUCGGGUUUCUAUUCAGUUCGUUUUUUCUACAAUUAACUAACUGUAUACCAUGAUGCUCAGCAUUUUGUUUGAUAUCGUUUUAUGAGUUCAUUGUUUUCUUUAAUGGAACAACAGUCUUUCUACAACCUUUACUAUAUAUAUAUAAUGAUUAUUACUACUACCACAUUUGUUUAAUGUAUUCAUUUAUUAUAAGCAGUAGAUUUCAAAUAUACUAUCUACUGACU